CCAAACCCGGGUCGGUCCAAAAAAAACCCAUAAACCCGAUUUGGGAUUUUGAUUUUGAUUUUGAGAUUUUUCCUCUCUCAAACCAUAGAGAGGGGAAAAAAUCAAAGCAAUGCUUUCCUUCCGGCUAUACGCCGCCGUUUCGUUCCUCUUCAGCCUCUCCGUCCUCUUCCCUCCCUUCUGCAUUGGGAUUCGCUCCUUCCCCACCCGCGCCAUCGUCGACUCUGCCGCCGGUUCUUCCGGGAAAGACGACGUCAUCGCCGCGUCAUGGUCGAGAUUCUCGGAGGCGCCGGACUACCGCAACGGGGCGGAAUGCGCCACGUCGUUUAACCGCGAGAUGGCCUCGUCGUGCGACCCGUCGUUGGUUCACAUCGCGAUGACGCUGGACUCGGAGUAUCUACGUGGCUCCGUCGCGGCCGUCCAUUCUGUCCUCAAGCACGCGUCUUGCCCCGAAAACGUGUUCUUCCACUUCGUCGCGGCGGAGUUCGACCCGGCCAGCCCCCGGGUCCUGACCCGGCUCGUCCGAUCCACUUUCCCUUCCCUUAAUUUCAAGGUCUACAUCUUCCGGGAGGACACCGUCAUCAACUUAAUCUCGACCUCCAUCCGGGUCGCCUUGGAGAACCCGCUCAACUACGCCCGGAACUACCUGGGCGACAUAUUGGGCCGGUGCGUGGAUCGGGUCAUCUACCUGGACUCCGACGUCUUGGUCGUCGACGACAUUCACAAGCUCUGGAACAUCUCCCUAACCGGGUCGCGGGUCAUCGGGGCCCCGGAGUAUUGCCACGCCAACUUCACAAAGUACUUCACCGACGGGUUCUGGUCCGACCCGGUUCUCUCCCGGGUCUUCUCGACCCGGAAGCCCUGCUACUUCAACACCGGCGUAAUGGUGAUGGACCUCCGCCGCUGGCGGGAGGGGAACUUCCGGAAGAAGAUCGAGAACUGGAUGGAGCUUCAGAGAAAGCGAAGGAUCUACGAUCUGGGUUCUCUGCCGCCGUUUCUACUAGUCUUCGCCGGAAAUGUGGAGGGUAUAGAUCACCGGUGGAACCAGCACGGGCUCGGCGGCGACAAUGUGAGAGGGAGCUGCAGGUCUCUGCAUCCUGGGCCGGUUUCUUUGCUUCAUUGGAGCGGAAAAGGGAAGCCGUGGGUUCGACUCGAGUCGAAGAAUGCUUGCCCUUUGGAUCAUGUUUGGGAGCCUUAUGAUCUUUACAAGCACCACAACAUUGCCAAGUAUCAUCAAUCUUUCUCGUCCAUCUCUGCUUCUACAUUGAUCGGGUUUUCGAGCUAUCUGUCAUGAUGAUGAUGAUCAUAGUUGUUACUUUGUUGUUGUUAUGAUUCUUUUUUCUUUGAUACAUUUGUUCAGUGAUUCUUUUGAUAGAGAUCCAUGUACAGAUUAUUGAUUGGGUUUUUUUUGUUUUUCUACUGAAUUUUCUUUUGUGCUGUAAGGGGAUAUUGAAUUCAAUUCAGGGUUUUCGGACCAUUUUGUUUUGAAUUGGAUUUGAAUAUGUAAAAUCUGGGGGUUUCUCUCAGGAUGAGAAUAUCAUACUCUUCUUUGCUUCCUUC